CUUCAUUGAGGGGGAGGUGGAGCCCCAUAGCAAGAAAAAUCACAUAAGGAUUGGCUCACAAAUGCAAAUGAGGAAUCAGGCACAGUAUAAAAGCCUCUGGAACCAAGUGUUCUUCACUCAUCUCAGCUAGCUUCUCUUCUUGCUUAUCCCUCCUGGUGAACCAGCUCUUCAUCCCUUGCUACUUAAAAGAUGUCUUACCAGAAGACCCAGCCCACACCCCAGCCCCCAGUAGGAUGUGUGAAGGUCUCCGGUGGCGGCGGCGGCGGCGGCGGCUCAGGGGGCGGCGGAUCCGGUUGCGGUGGGGGUAGCAGCGGUGGUGGCAGCGGCGGCGGCGGCGGCUACUGCUACUCCAGCGGAGGUGGUUCAGGUGGCGGCGGAUCCGGCUGUGGUGGAGGUAGCAGCGGUGGUGGCAGCGGCGGCUACUGCUACUCCAGCGGCGGUGGCGGCGGCGGCAGCGGCGGCAGCGGCUGUUACUCCAGCGGUGGUGGUUCCAGCGGUGGUGGAGGCUCCUCCGGCUGCGGUGGCGGCUCCGGUGGCGGCUCCGGUGGUGGCUCCUCCUACUAUCCCAGCCAACAGAAAUACUGCGGAACCAGCGGCGGCGGUGGCGGCGGCGGCGGCUCCGGCGGCUCCGGCGGCUCCGGCUGCGGUGGAGGCUACUCAGGAGGCGGCUCUAGCUGCGGCGGAGGCUACUCUGGAGGCGGCGGGGGUGGCUCCAGCUGCGGAGGCGGAUACUCCGGUGGAGGCUCCAGCUGCGGAGGCGGAUACUCCGGUGGAGGCUCCAGCUGCGGAGGCGGAUACUCCGGUGGAGGCUCCAGCUGCGGAGGCGGUUCCGGGGGCGGUUCUAGCGGCGGCUCCAGCUGCGGAGGCGGCUCAGGCGGCGGCUCUGGCGGUGGCUACUACUGCGGCGGCGGCGGCUCCAGCGGCGGCGGCUCCGGCGGCGGCUCCAGCGGCGGCGGCUACUCUUCUCAGCAGUGCGUCCAAGCUCCAUCCCAGCAGAGCAGCGGAGGGGGCUCAUACGGGGGCUCCUCCGGCUGCGGGGGCGGCGGCUACGGUGGCGGCGGCUCCUCCUCCGGCUGCGGCGGCGGCUCCAGCGGUGGCUCCAGCGGUGGUGGCUGCGGCUACCCCAGCGGCGGCGGCGGCUCUUCUGGCUGCGGCGGCGGCUCCUCUGGCUGCGGCGGCGGCUCCAGCGGUGGUUCCAGCGGUGGUGGCUGCGGCUACCCCAGCGGCGGCUCCUCUGGCUGUGGCGGUGGCUCCGGCGGUGGUUCCAGCGGUGGUGGCUGCGGCUACCCCAGCGGCGGCGGCGGCGGCUCCUCUGGAUGCGGGGGUGGCUCUUCCGGGGGCAGCGGCGGUGGCUCCUCCGGGGGUGGCAAGGGAGUGCCCGUGGCCCACCAGACCCAGCAGAAGCAGGCACCUUGCUGGCCAUCCAGCAAGUAAACCAUCCUGCUCAGCACCCAGAGGAAUGAGCACAAAGUUUGCUCUUGCUGUAGCCUAAAGGUUUACAGUUCUCAUGAUAUUGCCUUAAAAUUUGCAAAUGCCUUAAAUUCUUCCCCAGUCUCUAAAAGGAAGGGUCUCCUUUCAGCUGCCCUUUAACCUCAAUGGCAGUUCCAACACCUGUGUCUUAUUUUCCGGGAUAUUUAACCGGACUGGGAAAUGUCAUCAUCCCAUACACAGACCUUUCAACCUAGUUUCUGUACCAUCUUCUUAUUUUGCCUUAAGCUAAUAAACUUGCAAUUCAUGAGAA